UAACAAUAAUUAUAUAUAUUUUUCACGGCGCAAGCCCAUAACGACUGACGUCUGUUUGGUCGAUCCAACAAAAUCGAUGGAGGGGUAAUUGUUCGUAUCUAAUCUAAGAUGCACAAAUUGGUGUUGGGGUUGGUGGGUAAAGAGGCACCACAAUCAUUGGAAUCGAGCUGCACGUAUAGAUUUCAAUUUAAAGUUUUGUUUGCAUCUGUUUUUCUAUACGGCUGCUAAUAGCAUAUUUCUUUCUCUUUAAGAAGAGCCCCCCAAUUAAUAGAAUUUGUAGCUGGUACUUCAAGCUUAUAUACGAGAACUCGUGGUGUUAGUGCUUGCGACCGCAAAAUUUCAGGGCAGCCUAAGCCAGCCGUUGCGAGGCUACUUGCACUAGCACCAAAAGUUUUUGCCCCUCCUUGCCCGCCGUAAAAUUAUCCAUGACAGCCUAGUAAGGACAGACGUUGAUUUCUUAGACUUGUCCAGAAUCAAUCACACGAUUCAGCCCGACAGCGAUCGCAGCUAAACGCAGCAGGCGCAUCAGUUAUUUCUAUUACUUCAAUCAUCGAUUUCAAAACUCCCGUUUUAAUCAUCUGCCAUCAUGCCUCCGAAGAAGUGGGAUGACGAAGAGAGCGAAGGCGGCGGCGACUCCGCCCCCGAAUCCCCUCCUGCGGGCGCCGUUGGCCGUCGACGACAGUUUGACGACGAAGAGGAUGACGGUGAUGUGCUCGACUCUUGGGACGCUGCUGAGGACUCCGAAGUAGAGCGCGAGAAGGCAAAGAAGGCAACCGAGGCUAAGGAAAAGGCUGCCGCUGAGGCUGCUGCCAACAAGAAGUCAAAGGCCCAGCGUAUCGCCGACCACCAGGCUGAGCGCGCUCGUCUCCAGGCCGAAGAUGACGAGGAGAGCGAGGAAGAGUCAGAGUCAGCUCGCCGCGAGCGACUUCGCCGCACCGAAAAGGACGCCGAUCUCAGGCACGCCGAAGAUCUUUUCGGAAGCAUUGGUAUCAAGGAUGGGCGAAAGGCCAACCCUUCCAGCACCAUGAUCGCCGAUCCCGAAAACCCCACGAAUCUCAUCAACCUUGCGGCUGUCCCGAUUUUCAACCCUCAGACAAAACUGCAGUUUGAGAAGAUGCGCGGCGUUCUUUCUUCUCUUGUUGCUGCCAACACCAAGAAGGCUCACUACGGCCUCUUCCUGGAGGAGUUCUCCAAGGAUCUUGUCAAAGAGCUCAACAGCGAUCAGAUCAAGAAGAUUGCAAGUGCUCUUACACGCGCUAGUAACGAAAAGUUGAAGGAGGAGAAGACCGGAGACAAGAAGAAGACCAAGGCCGCCAAGACAAAGACCUCUCUUGUCGCCAGUAGGGCUGGUACUACUGACACCGCGACUUAUGAGGAUGAUGCCUUUGGAGACGACGACUUCAUGUGAAGAAGUUUACGACAUCAUACACAAUAAAAGCACCCCAAAAAAAGUAAACUAGAACGACGUUAUCUUAGUGUUCCCAGCGUAUUACUAUCCCCGCCUUAAAGUAGAGAUACGAAGACUCUUUGAUUCCCCGGGACCAUAUUCUCAAUCACCAAUGGCCUUGGUAGCGAAGCAGCAUCUUGGCGUUAGCGCAAGCUGAAAAUUAUUCGAAAUGUAUUUUGAAAUUGGACGAAUCCACGGGCAAAUAGAUAAAAGCGAUGACGAGUGUUCAGAAUGGAUUGCACAAUCUGACACUACCUGCCCUUUCCUUUCAAAGCGCUUGGUCCAAGGGACGGGGUGGACAAUUCCACGGUUUUCGGGGAUACCAAAAAGUUAUGACUAGGAUAAUAGAACGAACCUUUCCCUUAUGUUUUU